ACAUUUACUUUCGACAUCGUAUCCUUCUGGCGACAACAAUAGGAACUAUGCUAUAAUCAAUAAUAGUUCAAAUGGUGGCCAUAGUUCUGCUGUUAAUAGAUCUUCAGGGGCCCCGCAGUAUAUGUGCACAGGUUCAGCAUCAACAGGCAUACGAUCCUUGGCCAUUAAUCCCUCACGGACUCUGUUGGCGGUUGGAUCAGGAGAACCUUUCCAAGUAACAGUCUAUUCACUUCCGGAAUUUGUACCCGUAGGCUCGAUGUAUGGACAUACCGAUCUUGUGUUUUCGUUGACCUGGGUAUCAGAUACAGUCCUAGUAACUGGCUCGAGAGAUGGAUCAAUGAAAGUAUGGACGAUGAGAUCGCCUGUGUUGACGACUUUGCCGACGAUUAGCGGAGAAGUUGAAGUGCGGUUGUCAGAUCUCACAAAAUCAGAGGACAAUACUAAAAUCCGUGAUCUGACAUUUAACAGAAAAACUCAGCAACUGAUGACUUUGACAACAGAAGGGUUCGUCAAGCUUUGGGACUGUGGGAAUUAUGCUCAUUUGUCCAAGAUCAAGCUCCCAUAUGCAAACGAAACCGUGUGCCUGAGCACCAACUCGGAGGCGAACCUAUAUGCAGUUGGUUCACAAACUCACAUCUCGAUCAUUGAUCCUCGCGUCGUCAAUGUUGUCCAUAACAUAGAAUCAUGUGAUGAAGGAUGGGGAGUUCGUUCGCUCGAUUUCAAGAGUCAUAUCGUUACUACAGGAGGAGGAUAUGGUCGGAUCGGUUUUUAUGAUAUGAGAGCACAACGGUAUCUCAAAGGCUUUGAUGACGGUAAAAAUACAAGGUAUUAUCAAGAUAUCGGACGCGGUUGGCUGAACCGAGACACUGCAUACGCAGCUACUAUCUCUGGCUUAUCGAUUCGCAAUGCUAUUUAUGCGAUGGAGUAUGAUUCGACGGGGACUCGCCUCCUUGCUUCAGGUGGACCCCUCCAACUUGGUCUUUCUGGCGCUUAUGUCGGAUUGUGGGAAUAA